AUGGAUCUGAAAGGAGCCAUUAGAUUCUCGACUGAUAGUGCCAACUUUCUUUCAUGCAAUGUAGUCGCUGAUGCUGAAAGACACUAUCUUUAUGUCUACGCAACAAGCAAUUGGCAAAUGAUUCGAAAAAUUAACAUUGUCACAUAUGUUAAUGAUCUACGAACUGCAUCACAUCCUUGGACGCAGAUUGAAUCCGUAAAGAGUUCACUAUUCGGGGAGCUUUUCGUGAGCAUCGAAAAAUGGGACGUCCUAUCAUUCUGGUCUAUGCCAGAAUGCAAGCUGUUGGCCCGUUGUCGAAGCAGUCAUUUUGUAGACGUCGAUAAAAGGCAAACCAUCUUUGCCCUCUCUCCUAACAGAAAAAUGCUCGCAACCUGGACGCCAACUAAAAGGCUUGUUAUCUUCUUAUGUAAAGACGGUAUCUUAUUCUCGUCUUCGAUGGCUCCCAGAGAACAUUUAGGCGAUCGCAGUGAAUCAGUGAGGCAGUUGGUGUGGAUUGGGAACAAACACGUAAUGAUUGUCGAUGCAGUCGGCGGAACAAAGUGGAAUAUUAAUACAUAUGACCUCAUCAGUGAAUACCAUGAUUUUGGAAAGAUGCCCAUUUUCAAAUCUACAGGAGAAGACGUCUAUGCUACAUGUGAUAGUGAUAACAACGUUCCGGUGAUCGAGGAGUUAACCGACCCAGACCUAACAGAUUCAUUCGAUGAAAGUACAGAGCGGUUGGAAGGAACGACAAAACUGUGUAGAGAUAAGGAAGGAGACUUUGUUCUCAAAUUUCGAUGUAAUGUCAAAGGCUCUAGUGAAAAGCAGACGCUAUCGCUACGUCCAACUGAAUUCGAAACAACAUUACAUGCAUUGUAUGCCCGUAAAUUUCUGGAAUUCAAAGAUCAUAUUGCACAUCAAAUAGGCCCGAGCCACGGAUUACACCUUUCUAAGCUAUUGAAACAAUGCGAAGAGAUUGUUUACAGAACCAUCCGCACCAACGCUCAAAUCUUUAACGCAAAUGUAGACGAUAGAUCCAUGGUGCAUUUGCUGAUUGAUCUGGAUAGCACGUUUGCAGAUUCAAUGUUAGAAGAAUUAUUACAAAAAAACGUUUAUAUUCCGCUGUUUUACGAAAACAAAAAGUCUGACAAAAACGAAGAGUCUGACGAGAACCAAGAGUCUGACGAAAACAAAGAGCCUGAUGAAAACAAAAAGUCUGCUCUCUCGUGCGCUAUAUUAAAAGGAAAAGCAAAAGUGGUUGAACAAGAGGAGAAGAGACGAGGAAACGAGAAAAUGAAGAGAGGAAAGAUAGAAAGAAAACAGCAAGAAGAGUCGGAAAGAUUAAAAGGCAUAGUAAGAGAUCAAUAUAAAGAGAAAAAGGAUGCUUACCGUAUAAAAGUUUGCGAAAUAAUGCAAAACUUUUUAACAUCUUUGUCAGCAAGUCUAGACAAAGAGACGGAAAAUUCCACGGUUGAAAAAGUAGCGAAAGAAAUAUUAUCACUGCGCAAAGAUGAAUUUUUAGAUAUAGAGAGUAUGACUAGAUACACACGGUAUCUUUAG